UUGAAUAAUAUGAUAGGCUAUACUGUUCAUUGCUUCGACAACAUUUUAAUAUCCGGGAGUUGUUAAGAUCGAACAGUCAGAGUUUUGUUGAUUGGGACUCCAGCAAAGUUUUGUAUAAUUUGAAUAUCUUAAAUGAUUGAAGAAAUGAUGGAGUAAUUGCAAUGCUAAACAACCUUCGAACUUCCCGUGGGUUAAAAACAGGUUCUACCCUACAGCACUACAAUGACAGCGUCACAGGAACACAAGUGGACGGGAUGUUUGACCUUCUGAGACCUGUGAGUCACACUUAGAGAAGAAGGGAGCCCUGCUAUUGAUCAGAAUGGGAAACACUGACAGCCAGUACAGCAGCUUUAACGUCCCUGGGAAACCCAAACCCUGCUCUCUAAAGUUCCACUCCACUAAAGAGGAGGCCCUGUCCCCCCAUAGCUGGUGGAGGGGCAGCGAGGGGAGCAGCCAGGGAUACAGAACCAGAGGCAAGGGAGGGAGGGGCUGCCUGCCCCAGCACAAGAUCACUCACAACCAGCCUUAUGGCUCUUCGCAACACUAUGAGCACCACAUCACUAAGGAGGGCAGGGAACUGGGGGGGUCCCCGGGAGCCAAGCUGAAGCAUAGCUCUUCACAGAGGUGUGGCAGAGGGGACGGUUCCCAAGUGACCAGGAAAAAUGUCUGUCAUACCGGUUACAGUUACCUGGAGAGUAGUGGGGAGAGUGUUAACAGUCUCGGGGCUAACGGACAGCGCACCCCCGAAAGGACUUCUCCGUGUGAGCACGGGGGGCCCCUAGAGAGCCGCAGCAGCCCCAAGGUGCUCCUCAGUAAGGACGGCAGCAUGCGUGUUGAGUUCACCAACGGCAGGCGGAUGUCACUGGAGCCCCAGGGUCUGUCAGGCCACAGCCACCCUGUGGAAGCCGCCCCAGAGGCCUCUCUGACUAGGACCAGCAAGGGCAGCUCCCUGAGCUCCGAGGGCUCCUGGUACGACUCUCCCUGGGGGAACGCCACGGAGCUCAACGACAAUGUAUUCACCUGUAGUCAGACCGUAGCGGGGGACAACAGCAGCGGCUACACCACCUACUCCUCCACGCGCACCGAGGAGACUGGCUGCGGCUACAACACCUUCUCGUCCGCCCGCACUGAGGACAUCUCCCCGGGGUUCAAUCCCAGCCUCCUCUUCCAGACUGUGGAUAGUAAUGGUCAAUAUACAAGCCGAGGGUUUAACAGCAACGGGUAUAACACUUGCUCUUCGGGCCGCACUGAGGACAGUGGUAUCGGGGACUCCAUGAUCCUUCACCCGGAGCAGAGUCAGUUUAGCCUCAUGUCCCCUCCCGUGUCCCUGUCUGACCUCUACUCUGACCCCAGCGUGGCGGCUGUGUUCCCCACUACUCAGUUCCAGGACGUUCCCCAGCAACGGGGGUCGCUGGCUUCAGUACUGACCCUGGACGCGGUCAUCCAGGAGGAGAGUUCGGGGUUGUACGACCAGCGCUACUCCUCCUCUCACAGUCACACGCUGCCAUGCAGGAGGGUCGCCGCCACGGCGGCCACCGAGCCCUCCGCCAUCGUGGUCGGUAACAGCAGGAAGGACCACCUGAAGAGCCGCAUCAGGCGCCUCAGCGACUGGACGGGAAGUCUGAGCAGGAAGAAAAGAAGACUACAGGAGCCUUAUGGUAGCGAGACCAGUGAGGGCUUUAGCAGUGGAGUGGACCCUGGGUUAGGUAACUCUAGCUCCCAGUUAACUGGUCCACUAUGGAAUCCCCUCCACACCCAGACCUACACCCACACCAAGGGCCAACAGUGCCACAGUGACGCUCUGCGCCAGAACAUCUACGAGAACUUCAUGCAGGAGCUGGAGACAGGACGCUACAGUGGGCCGGAGCGGACUGAGCCCUCGGAGGAGGGAGAGGAGGAGGAGAUGGGGGGAGGGGUGGGAAUAGGAGAGGGAGAGCAGGGGGAGAGCAGUGGCAGUGGCUCCCUGGGUUCCCUGGAGCAGCUGGACCUGCUGUUUGAGAAGGAGCAGGGGGUGGUGCGCAGGGCCGGCUGGCUCUCCUUCAAGCCCAUCCUCACCCUGCACAAGGACAGGAAGCUGGAGCUGGUGGCCCGUAGGAAGUGGAGGCAAUACUGGGUCACACUCAAAGGGUGUACCCUCCUGUUCUAUGAGACCUAUGGGAAGAGCAGCUGUCCCGAGCAGGAGCUGUCUCCGCGCUACGCCCUGCUGGCCGAGGACAGCAUUGUCCAGGCCGUCCCCGAACACCCCAAGAAGGAGAACGUCUUCUGCCUGAGCAACGCCUAUGGAGACGUCUAUCUGUUCCAGGCUGCCAAUCAAACAGACCUGGAGAACUGGGUGACGGCCAUCCACUCUGCCAGCGCCUCUCUGCUGGCUAAGAGACAGGGAAAGGAGGACACGGUGCGGUUACUGAGGAGCCAGACCCGCGCCCUGCUGCAGAAGAUAGACAUGGACAGCAAGAUGAAGAAGAUGGCUGAGCUGCAGCUGUCUGUCAUCAGUGACCAGAGGAACAGGAAGGCCAUCGAGAGCCAGAUUCAGCAGUGGGAGCAGAACCUGGAGAAGUUCCACAUGGAUCUGUUCCGGAUGCGCUGUUACCUGGCCAGCCUGCAGGGCAGUGAGCUCCCCAACCCCAAGAGUCUCCUGGCCGUGGCAGGACGCCCCUCUAAGACCGCUCUGGGACGCCUGGGGAUCUUCUCUGUCUCCUCCUUUCAUGCCCUGAUCUGCACCCGUGACGAGGCAACCCUGCGGAGACGUUGCCAGUCUUUUUCCAGAGGGGCUCGGAAUAAGAGGGGUCUCUUCUCCUCCCUCAAGGGUCUGGACAGCUUGACCAAACGCAGCAAGGAGAAGGGGGAGUCCGUGUCCCAGGUUUUGGAAGGACAAAGUAUUGGAGUGCUUGCUGGCCAUAUCCCCAACCACUGCAGCUUCGAGAGAUUGGACGCUCUUGCCAAAAUGCAGUUGAUAGCACCACCUGAAGGCAACCCUUGGUACAGCAGUUUGGAGACUCCCGUCUGUGUGAAUAUGCCUGACAGCCAAAGCAUUACUCUGCACAUCAAACCCGAUUUUCUCGUAUCGGACGUGCUAUCUUUGGCCUGUAAGGAGAGGCACCUGGACCCGAGCCAGCACUGCCUGCGUUUGAUGAGGCUGGUGGGUCAGGACACAGAGACCAUCUCCCCAGCGCGCACAGACCCACUACGAGACCUGGUGUAUGAAGAGCUUGAGGUCUUCCCACUCAAUGUUUUCACCAUACAACUGUCCCGCCCUGACACAGCAGUGGACUUUGGCUUUGCUGUGACAGGCCAUGUAGACGGAGCCAGGAAGAGCCAUGUCUAUGUGAGUGAGGUCAACCCAGAGGGACUGGCUUUCACUAAGGGUCUGAGAGCGGGGGAUGAGAUCCUGGUUCUGAAUGGGACCAGUGUGUCCAAUCUGGACCUGGGGCUGAUGCACCUGUUGUUCAGCCACCAGAUCCUCCACAUACUGCUCAGACGAGAGGAGCAAAUCCCUGACGACCACACCUCUGUCUGGCCCGACUGUGAGCCCUGGCAGCCGGCACCACCGCCACCCAGCCACUGUGUCUGGCCUACAGAUAUGCCACUACCCCAGGAGCUUCCAGAGAGCUCUGUAGCAGCUCCCUUUGAUGAGGUGUCACAACAAUCACGACCCGCUGAUGAGAUGGAGCAGCUCGGCCAGAAUGUGGAGACGGUGUGCUCGCUGUACCAGACCUUCCCAGAGGGCCGUGGGGCGGUGGUGGUAGAGGGCCAGAGGAACCCCUACUCCAUGGAGCCCCUCGGGCCCCAGAUCCAGAAGCCCCCCUGCCCCAGACACAUGUCUAUCUCUGAGAGGCUCUGUAAGGUCAUACAGGAACUGGUAGACACAGAGAAGUCCUACGUCAAGGACCUGGGUUGUCUUUUUGACAUUUACCUGACCCCUCUACAGAGUGAGACCUUCCUCAGCCACGACGAGAUGGAGUCUCUGUUUGGCAGUCUGCCUGAGAUGCUGGACUUCCAGAGAGUGUUCCUACACACACUGGAGGAGCGCAUCGCCUCCUCCCCCAACUUCAGCUCUCUGGAGACCCCGGAACAGUUCAAGAAACUUCUCUUCUCACUGGGCGGCUCCUUCCUCUACUAUGCCGACCACUUCAAGCUCUACAGCGGCUUCUGUGCCAACCACAUCAAAGUCCAGAAGGUUCUGGAACGAGCAAAGACGGACCGGGCUUUCAAGGAGUUCCUGGGAGCGAGGAACCCCACCAAGCAGCACUCGUCCACCCUGGAGUCAUACCUCAUUAAGCCAGUCCAGAGGGUGCUCAAGUAUCCCCUGCUGCUCCGAGAGCUGGUCUCCCUCACUGACUCCGAAAGCGAGGAGCACAGCCACCUCACAGAGGCCCUGAGAGCCAUGGAGAAGGUGGCCAGCCACAUCAAUGAGAUGCAGAAGAUCUAUGAGGACUACGGCUCUGUGUUUGACCAGCUGGUGGCAGAGCAGAGUGACCCUGAGAAAGAGGUAACAGAGAUCUCCAUGGGGGAGUUCCUCAUCCACUCCUCUUUAAAGUGGCUCAACCCUCUCCCCUCUCUGGGACGCAUGAGGAAAGACCCUGAACUGACGCUGUUCGUUUUCAAGAGAGCAGUGAUUCUGGUGUACCGUGAGAGCAGCAAGAUGAAGAAGAGGACGACCACGUCACGCUCCGACCAGGACCCCUUCAAGUUCCGCUGGCUCAUCCCAGUGUCGGCGGUGCAGGUCCGUCUGGGGAACACAGCAGGAACAGAGAACCCUUGUGUCUGGGAGCUGGUCCAUACCAAGUCUCAGGUGGAGGGGAGACCAGAGACCGUAUUCCAGCUCUGCAGCAGUGGUUUGGAGAAUAAGGCCAGUGUAGUGAAAGCUCUUCGUUCCCUUCGAGACUGUACCCGGAGGCCUCUCCUAUCAGAGAGGGGUUCUAGAGAGCACCUAGGCUCCCUCCGCAGGACCCAGCCUGCACCUGUCAGAGACGGCUCCUGGAGGAGAAGACAACAGCGCCAAUCAGAGGCCAGGAGGACUGCAGGCCACCAGCACCACUCAGAUGACAGCAGUGUGUCCAGCGGCGGCCCCUACCCCGGUCCAGGAGACACCCACUCGGAGCCCCAGCUCCCCAGCCGCUCCUCCACGGGCCUCCCUAGCCUGGAAGGCACCACACUGGGCAAGAGGGCCUGGCUGUGCUCCCUGACCAGCACCCUGGAAGCCCAGCUCCAGAGACUCAACUUCACAGAGGAGGCAGGGCCGAGGAGAACUGGGACCCAGCAGGAGCACCUCAGACAGGGGGUUCCCCAGCCCCACCAGCCCCACCCUGCUGCCCAGAGGAGGGUGAGCAGUCUGCAGGGGGGCCAGGGGAGGCAGUGUCCAGGGAGGCAGGAUAAUGACUCCCAGUGUGUGGACCUCAACGCCCUACUAGGGAGGGACUUCAGUGUGCAGAGCCUGACCUCUGUGGUCAACGAGGACUGCUUCUACGAUACGGUCAUGGGAAUUCAGAAGGCUGCCAUUCCAACACUAUAGGGCCCCUAGAAGUUGCCCCUAGAUGCUGAUCUUGGGUCAGUUUUGCAUUUCCCCCACUAAUGGUUAAGGUUAAGAUUGGGGGACAGGAAGUUGAUCCUGGAUCUGUAACCUAGGGGAAACUUCACCCCGGAGAACUGAUGAACACCCGUCUAGGCUCUUAUCACACUGACUACAUUAGAGCCUGGUCCAGGUGCUAUGGACUAAAGGCUGAAUCUCCUUAAUGUGCUUACUCUGACUCUGGUGAGUAGGCUUUGACUGAAGAACUGCGCUCUGAUCACAGUUACUUGACUUGGACUUAAUCCUUUUAGCUCCUAGUGGAGCGAAGGCCUUAAGGUCCCACAGUUACACACCGUCACAGUGCAUAUGUAAAUGGCUGCCCGUUGGACUAUCCUGUCUGUCCCUUGUUUUACUGCACUCUAUAAGCUAUAAACACAGUUAGCUACAUUCAAUAGCAUUCCUUUCACUUUUUUUCUACUUAAUCUUGUUUGUAAAUAUAAUGCAGUAUCUCAAUCACGAGUAGCUUUCUAUUUUCUUGGCUUUUUUGACAAAAGCAGUUGUUAGUUCAAGACUGGAAUUGCUUGAUAAAAAAUAAAUAAUGAUAUUCUGAGUUUUAUUUUUAACCUUGUUACUAUUUAUAUUUUCUCUCGAUAUUAUUUUGUUCAUGUGUUAAUUUCCACAUAAAAACUAAGAUUAAGUGUCACGUUUCUAUUUAAUUUAUCUUAUUAAGUUAAAGCAAAAUCCCUUUUAAAGCUCUUUCAUAUUUCAAGUGAUUUGAUGUAUCACUUUAAGAAUUCAAGACCUUAGGACUAUAAGGUUUUAUCUGCACAAAGCUCAGUUCUGAGAUAUCAACUGAGCACCAACAUUUUCACAUCUCAGAACUGUUUUGUAGUGAAUGAUUCUUUCAUAACCCAUUAAGGUCCUCAUCUAAAGGUACCUAAAGUGCAGAGUAUCCGAAUCCUAAGACAUUUGUAAAUCUGUUUUUUUUAGGAGGUGCAAUCGCAGAUAGAACCGUAUGGCUCUGAAAUGUCAAUCUGUGUUCAGCCAUAAGGUUCUGUCUGCACAGAAUGUUAAAAUUAGUUGAGUUUCAAUAGAAAAUUACAGACAUUUAAUGAUCAAAUAAAGAGAAUACCCUUCUUUCUUUCUCAUCAGAUCAUCAAAUAUGUUAACUCAUGUUCAUCACACAUUUGUUAAAGCCAUAGUUCCUUAAAAUGACAAGGACUUUAUAUCCUAUGCAUAACUAGCAACAUUGCUAAAGCUUAGCUCUGAAUGAGUAAACUGAUGUAUUUUUCUGGUCUCUGACACCUAAAGUCAGUAAACUACUUGCUAUUAAUCAAUCAAAUGUGGUAAGUUUGUAAUUUUGGUGAAAUACCCCUUCCAUGGUUUUCGUAUUGAUAUAGAACAAGACAAAAACAGCAAUGCCUCUCCUGUGAGCCUUAGACAUGCUCUAAGGCACCUGUAUUUAUUUGUUUUUACCAUAAAAAGCUUACAUUAUGGCCAUUCUUCUGGAAAAGUGGUGAAAAAAAAUCUAACUAAUUGAAAUAGAGGACCAGAACCUAUGAUUAUGAAUAAUCAAGGACUUGGUACAAUAAAGUUAUAUCUGCAAAAUGUAUAGUUUUGAGAUUAUGAGAAUUUUUAAAUCCCAGAUCUCAUAACUGUUUUGUGAUGUCUUCCUCUUUCAUUACUAUAUAUACUAGUAUAUCACCUUACAUACAAUAAUGUUUUAUUGACAACCCAGCAUUGUGUGAUUGGAUUGCUGAUAGAACCAUAUAGCACCAAGUUAAAAGGUGUUUGUGCAGAUAGAACUUUCUGAUGUAAAGGACCACCUAAAGUGCAACUCUAUAUGAAUAACACUUUUUUUUAACCAAAAUGUCAGAUAACCUUAUAGUCCCAAGGUCACAAAUUGUUGAAAUGUUUGUUAUCAUUAUUCAGAAUUAGCUGAACUGUAAUUUCUUCUCUAAUAAUGUAUAUUCUUUUCAUAUACUUGACAUUGUACAGGUAACGUAAAAUGAUGUAAUAUUUAAUUUAAAAAACUGUCUCUUA